AUGUCACCUCCAAAGUGCCAGGCGGGGAGCCAGGUGGACAGACGUGUCCCGAGGGCGAGUGCCCGGCAGGGUGUGUGCGGCCCUGGGGACUCGGGCACGUGGUCUGAUGGGCGACUGUCCCCAGGCGGCAGCAACGGGCCCUUUCUGUGCGGAAAGCAGACCACGUUUGAAGGUGGAAUGAGGGAGCCUGCGAUCGCCUGGUGGCCCGGGCACAUCCCUGCCGGCCAGGUGAGCCGCCAGCCGGGCAGCAUCAUGGACCUCUUCACCACCAGCCUGUCCCUCGCAGGCCUGGAGCCACCCAGGGACAGGGCCAUCGACGGCCUGGACCUCCUCCCCACCAUGCUCCAGGGCCGCCUGACAGACAGGCCAAUAUUCUAUUACCGUGGCAACACGCUGAUGGCGGUCACCCUGGGCCAGUACAAGGCCCACUUCUGGACCUGGACCAAUUCCUGGGAGGAGUUCAGACAGGGCGUGGAUUUCUGCCCCGGGCAGAACGUGUCGGGGGUCACCACCCACUCGCAGGAGGAGCACACUAAGCUGCCGCUGGUCUUCCACCUGGGACGAGACCCCGGGGAGAGGUACCCGCUCAGCAUUGCCAGCACCGAGUACCUGGACGCACUUCGCCGGAUCACCCCGGUUGUCCGGCAGCACCAGGAGGCCUUGGUCCCCGGACAGCCCCAGCUCAACGUGUGCGACCGGGCGGUCAUGAACUGGGCACCCCCGGGCUGCGAGAAGUUAGGGAAGUGCCUGAGGCCCCCGGAGUCUGUCCCAGAGAAGUGCUCCUGGCCCCACUAGCACCGGCUUGGGCUCAGGACAGGCCUGGGCGUAGGAAGGCUCUGGCCUCAGGGCUCCUGUGCUGGAAGAGCCCCGACUCCCUCCGCCCUGACUGCUGCCAGACGGACGUCACCUGUAGCCAGCAGCAGGACCUGCAAGACUACGCCUGCUGCAACCCGGCCCUGGAGUCAGUUCCCAGCCCACCGGGCCUGCCUGACCGUACAGCCGCAGGCUCACAUCGGCCCCUGAACCGGAGGCUGCCCGCCUCAUGUCCUCCCACUCCGCUCCAGCUACCUCCCUGCUGCCUCUUCCAGGGCUUGAGCUCUGCCCCAGGACCCAGAGGCCUGACUCGCCAUAGCUGCCCCUGCAGUCCCCUCAGGACUUCAGCCCUGGUGUCGAGGGCGGCCGUGCCAAUCCUGUGUUGCCCCUUGGCGCCGUGCACAGGGGAUACCCCAGCGCCCCUCCCCCGCGUACUUCCCCCCCAUGGUCGGGGGGGUGUGUGUGAACACGAAGGGGGAGGAGGCCAAGGGCCUCCCUGUCCCGGAGCCUCGACAGCCAAGGCCUCCCCAGUCUAGUGCGGACAGCUGAAGCCACCAGCUUCCUUGGAGAUCAGGACUCCCGACCCCAGCACACUGUGGGGCCUGCCUGUGCUUCAGAGGUGCCCCGCCCGCCCUCCCGUCCUCGAGCCCAAGGUGGCAAAGCUUAAGGAUGAGCCCAUUGACCACCAAAGUCAGGAGAGCCUGAGCAGGACUGUGAACGGCCUCCAGGGAGUGCCCCUUAAGGCCCGUGGGCCGUCUUCAUUGUGUGGAGUUUCCACUCUGCAGACUGUCACACCACCUCUGUACUGUUGUAAGACUUGGGAAAUUAUGACGAGAACAGGUUUAGAAUAAAGUAACGGGCAUUUUAGCCUUUUGUUUUUAAAUGAAAUUCUAUUUGGGGGAAGUUGUCACCCCUGGGUACCACGGUGGGGGCUAGAGUGGGCCAAGCCAAGCAUUCCAUCACUCCCUCCUCCGCU